AUAUCCUCUUAAAUUCUUUUUUAAAUAAACAUAUAUUCAAUUGUGCUUAAAUAUAAAUAAUCCAAACUUUUGGACCAAAUUGGUAAUUUCAGAAAUUUCUUUAAAAUGCCGUUCUAUUCCUUCCUCUCCAAGAUCGACCAGCCCCAAUCUUCUCCGGCGCCGGCGUCAGAGCCGCCAGCUAUGAUGCUGGCACCAAGCAAUAAGAAGAACAAUAAAGCACGGGCUUUACAUCCCUCAAUUAGCUAUUGCUCGUUUGGGCCACAAUGAACAUUCUCCCGAAUUCAAGUUCAACAUCAAAGGGUUUGGAAUCCAACAUAUGGGGGAUUUUGUCCGGGCGGGGGAGUGAGUUCUUGAAGGAAAUUAGUUGUUGGCCGUCUCCGGCGAGACCAUUUGCAGCGGCGGCGGAGGAUGUGAGAGAUGAGAAAUGAAGAGAUUGUGAUAUAUAUGCAGGUUUUCUGUAUUUCUAAUUAAGGGUAGUUUAGUCAUUUUAUACUAGUCAACGAGCUUUAUUUAGAUUGGGAUGUUGGGCUAAAUAAAUUUCAUCACAGGGGUAUAUGAUAAUUGUUUUAACACAAGGAUUUUUUCGGCAAUUAGACAUUUCACAGGGGCUGUAUGCAAUUAACUCGAUUUGUUUUGGUUUGAAUGAGUAUUAAAUACCGCGUUGACAAUUUUUUAUUCGUCCAUUACAAUUUGAUUAAGAGAGUUGGAAAAGGUCUGCCGAUGACUUUCAUCAAGUCAUUUUAUAUGUGUAUUUGUUUUAUGGCAAUUCCCCUACUAGUUCCACGUUUCUUCCUCAAUUCAUCUUCUCCACCGUUGAAAAAUCUCAAAAGAGAAGAAAGGCUUCUCUUCUUUCUUCGGAUUCCAAUUCAUCAUCAGAUUGUAAGAUACGACGGAUUUUGAUUGAUCAUGGAAAGACAUCUCAAUAUCGAACCUCAAGACCUCAGUUUUAUUUACGAGGUGAAAAAGCAAUCAACUUCUUCAAUCAAACUGACAAACAAGACCAAUCAGCCUGUUGCGUUUAAGGUUAUGACUACGAAACCGAAGAGUUACUGCGUCCUUCCGAAUAUGGGAGUUGUUUUGCCCGGAUCGAGUUGUGAUGUUUUAGUUACAAUGAUUGCUCCAACAGCACUCCCUACUGAUGUGAAAUGUCCGGACAAAUUUUUGAUUAAGACAGUAGUUGCAAGUUCCGGCGCUACCACAGCAGAUGGUAUCAAGAAGCUGUUUGAUAAGGAGACUGGAUCUCAAUUUCAAGAUUGCAAAUUGGGAGUUUUCUACACUUUCCCAAGCCAAGCCUCGUCGACAGUUAUUGAAAGAUCAUUUUCCACUUCGGUUGGAUCAGAGACUACACAUUUGAAUAAUAUUAAGAUGGACAUAACCAAACUUGUUCAAAUUCAGCCUUCGGACCUCAAGUUUGAUUUUCAACGGGGGAAGGAGCUCUCUAGUUUUUUCAAAAUGACAAAUAUGACCGAGAGUCAUAUCUUUUUUAAGGUGAAGACUACAGAUCAAAAAAAAUAUAGUGUUCAACAAAACAUUGGGAUUUUGUUGCCGCAAUCAACUUGUGAUGUCAUUGUGAGAAUGAAAGCUCAGGAAGAAAUUCCACAGGACAGACAAUCCAGAGAUAAGUUUCUAAUUCAGUGUACAGCUGGAAGUCCUGCUGUCACUGUAAAAAACAUUACCUCGGAAAUGUUUAAUAAAGAAGUACAUUUUGUCGAAGAGUUCAAAUUGGGAGUCGUCUUCGAUUUCCCAUCCCAACCACAUUCAUCAGCUUCUGAGUCAUCAGAAAUACAUUCUUCACCCGAACCAGCACCUUUGCAAGAAGGACGUCUUAAUUAUAUUUCUCAGGUUAUACGAGAACUCGUUGGGAGUAACCGUGCUCUUUCAGUGAUGAAAGGCAUCGCUGCUAGCUUGAUAGGACUAAUCUUUUGGCAAUUGUUCAUGAAAAUGUUGCCUCAAAUAUGGAGUCUGAGCAUUGUGAUAGGGAUGUUGGCUGUAAAGAUGACACAAUACUUAGUUUCGAACUCGGUUGAAGAUUGGAUUGUCAAGAGCCUUGCUUAUUUGAUCAUGCAUUUUAUGGCUACCGUUUUCGGCCGUAGGGUCAAUUCAUCUCCAACUCCAGCUUCGUAAAUUUUAAAUUUUAUGUGGAUAAGAUGAUGGAUGGCCAUUGGGGAAAAACUCGAUUUCGCUAUCUGAUUAAUAUUUUUUUUUGUUUUUAUUGGGUGUGGAAAAUGGCAACAAAGGGUUUUUUGUUUGUAUAUAAUAUAUACACACGUACAGGAUUCUUUUGAUGUGUGAAACUCUAGUGGUGUUCCGUUGUUUGUAUACCUCUUGCAUGUUAUGUAAUGAGGACAAGGAAAGCGUAUAUAUGUAUGUAUGUAUGUAUGUAUGGCAAUUUAUGAACUAUUUGGCUUUCAUUUGUUUAA